CUGAAAAUCUUUGACAGGCACCGGAUACCUACCGACUGAUGAUAAAAUUGAUAUCUAAGAUUGAAACGAGACUGCUGUUUAUUACUCUGACCUCUGCCCUAUUCAAACUUUGAAUAAGUACUUAUUUGGCAAUCAUAGAACAUUUUCAAUUACAAUUAAAAAAGAAGUUAAACCUAUAAAUCAUGGACGCUGACUACGAGAAGAAACUACAAGAAUUAAAGAGCAAAAUCAAGAGCUAUCCAGACUUUCCCAAGCCGGGGAUUUUAUUCUGGGACAUAUUCUCAGCGAUAGCAGACGGUCCCACAAACAAGUUGCUACAAAGUCUAUUAGUACAAAAUAUCAAAGCGAAGUUUCCUGAAGUCCAAGCAGUCGUAGGCUUGGAGUCCCGAGGGUUUCUGUUCUCAUUCUCCAUUGCUGCUGAGCUGGGCAUAGCUUGUCUACCCGUCAGGAAGAAAGGCAAGCUGCCUGGUGAAGUCGUGGCUUAUAAAUAUGAGCUGGAGUAUGGAUCGGACGUCCUAGAAAUUCAAAAGAACGCUGUACAGCCGGGUUUGAAGUGCGUCAUAAUAGAUGAUUUAAUAGCCACGGGCGGUUCCAUCACGGCUGCCACACACUUACUGAAGACUUGCGGCGCUGACGUCAUAGGCUGCUUGCUUGUCAUAGAACUGACGUCACUGGCCGGCAGACAAAACAUUCCUAAAGGUAUACCUGUACAUUCCUUGCUCAGUUAUGAGUAGAUAGUUCACUUGUGAUUGUACUUUGUAGUGUACAUUUUGACCUAGUAUGCAGUGACGGGUUAAGCAUGAGCGGUAAUUUUAUUAAAUCAUAUAAAGGAGUUUUAAUUUUAUAAUUGGUUCACUCAUGAAAAUACUCUAAGGUUAUAUCAUUAGGUUUUGCCAAAGGCAAGUAGCAAUUUUUUGCUACUAGGACAUGGUUAAUCUAUCACUGCUAAUACAAACCUUAUUAUCUAAGCAUUAAAAGCUACUUUUGUAGUACAAUCGAAUAUUCUAGAUUGUCUACUGUGGUCUGUUAUGGUUAGGUAUAGAAAUGUACCUUACAAUUUAUUAUUAAUAUUUUAACCUCAAAUGAAAAUAGGUUAUUAUUUUUAUAAAUAUUCAUAUUCAUGUAAUGAUAUUUUAAAUUAUUUUAAUUUUAAUUAGUUGUGGGUAUUGUGCAGUGGUUUACAUACUAAUAAUAGCCAGUUGGUAUUGUCUGUCGAUGGAUUUACCUGCUUGAGAUAGUGUUUGUUUUUACCUGUCUGCGACAAGCACAUACUGAUUUACCUGCUCCGGUAACAGUGCCUAUAUGUACAGUAAUGAUCAAACUUAAGUACGUACAUACGAUUUUCAGGACAAUGUGGCAUAGUAACGCAUAUCUUUAUAUAUAUAAUUCUGCUGUACGUGUGUAUGUCAUUUAACUCCUAAACGGCUUGACCGAUUUAAAUA